AGCUGUUGUUGGUCACGUGCAGGUGUGUCUGUUCACUUCCGCACUCAACUGCCUGUAGCAUGUUAGCAUCGUAAAUAGCACUUAACGUACCUUACGAGGGAGCCUGUUAAUCACACAGGCAAAAAAUACAGUAUUUAUAUGCUUUCCAGGUCUCCGCGCGGAUUUACUUGGUUUUCUAGGCAAAAUAAAACUGCAGUUUUUAUGCUAAAGCGAACCAGGAAGCGACGUUAGCUUCAUUGCAACUUACCGUUGAAUCAGUCAGCUGGAGUUGAACCUUUUCAAGGAGACGAUUUCUCCCCUCUCACAUUUACAUUAAAGUGAGCCAUGAAGCAGCUGUUCAGUCUUCCCACGCCCAGUUACAGCCUAGUGUGGACGUUUGUGAUUCAGCUGGCUCUGAGCAGAAGUAGCGUGCUAGCUGGUAACGGCACCAAGGCCUGUAAACUAUCUUCUGAAAGUUCCUCGAAGGUCCUUGAUCGACUUGAGCAGCUUGCUAACAAGACCUUUACAGCAGACAUCACAGAUGGAGAGGACAGUUACACGUAUGUGUUCCAGCUGUGUGGAGAUGCAGGGGGAGUUCCAGAAGCUGGAGUUAUUCAAGUGAACAAGAAAACCAACAAGAUGACAUCAAUCGGCUUAUAUACCAAAACACAAGUCAUUGGAGGCAAUCAAUGGGUGUUGUUAAUCUACAACGAUGGUGAGGAAUAUGAUAACCACUGCGGUCAGGAAAAGAGGAGAGCUAUGAUCAUGAUCUCCUGCAACAAGAAUGCAGAUGUGGGUGAGUUGAAAGUCUUCCCGGAGGACAGGGAGAGAGGAAACAACUGUUAUUACUUCUUUGAGUUGGACUCCAGCGCCGCGUGUCCCGUUGAGUCUUCUCAGCUCAGCGCCGGAUCCAUAUUACUCAUCAUCGCUUUCUGCCUCGUGGCCGUUUACCUUAUCGGAGGUUUCCUCUACCAGCGGCUGAUCGUCGGCGCCAAAGGGAUGGAGCAGUUCCCAAAUUAUGCUUUUUGGGUGGAAGUUGGAAACCUAACAGCUGACGGCUGUGACUUUGUGUGCCGGUCAAGAAACCGAGAGGAAUCUCCAGCUUACAGAGGAGUGACCACAGACGCCGUGGAGGAGGAGCCAGAAGAGCGAGACGACCACUUACUACCUAUGUGACCUCAGUAUGUCAGAAAGUAGACACAACCCUUCACUGUGUGGUACAGAUCCCGCUUUUACAGUCUAGACAAGCAGCCUGGUACACUCGUCUGUUUCCUUUACCAUGUUUAAGUCCGUUCCUGCUUAUAUACACCUGUGCCUACAAGCAGGAGGACACGAUACUCACAGCACCAAUAGACUCGUCUCUGCUCCUGUUCGGAGCAUCCGUAUGAAUGAUUUGUCCAAGAUUAAAGAUUCAAAUUAAAUAAACAUUGAGGAGGAAAAAAUGGGGUAUUUUGUUAAAUUUCUACCAGAUCGUUGAUGUUUUUGUUAAUCUUUCUUGCUUUUUUGUUGAAAGUGUUAUGUUGCUGCAGGUUGCUCAACACUGAGGCGUUUCUUCUCGUGUAAAUCGGCUUUAAUCCUCUGGUUUGGUUCAGAUAUGUGAAUGUAAACGUGGCUGUACUUACAACCUUGUUGCACAAGUAGAAAGAGCUGCAAAAAAAACAAAACCAAAGCUGAAAUCAGUUCUUUUCUGUUUUUAGUUAGUAUUUCUAAGCGUUUCUACCUUGUCCUGUUUGAGUGCAGAACCCACCUGUCCUUUAUGGUUUCUGUCCAAAAAGGCCAGCGAUGCAAUUAAAAGCUAACUUUGAGGCUAUAAAGCAAAGCGUCCAUCUUCAGUUCAUUACGGAUCAACCUCUUUUUCACAUGAAUAGUUACAAAACAUUCAUAUAUGAACUUUUUCUACAUGAAAACCCGUCUUUAAGAUGUGGUGUUCUGUAUGUGUUCGUAUUUUGAUCAGAUAAAUUAGCAUCUGCAAACCACCAAUGUUUCUAGUUCUAAAAGUGAAGAGGAGUGAGAAAACGCCGCUCUGCUGGUCUACGUUAGAAGACCGACUCAAGCGGCUGAAACGAGGCGCGCACUUUAGAGCUGCUGUUUUCUUCUAUUGUAAACAUGGAGCGACUGAUACUCCUUUAUUAAAUAAUAUGGUUAUAAAAUGUUAUUUUAGAUUUCAUUCUUGAUGUUUAUAAUAUUUUUUUCAAAAUCUAAAUAUAAUGUUGCUAAAAACUGUUUGUAAUUUGAUGGAAAACGUCUGAGUUUGGUUACGUUUGGAUGGUGUUAGCACUUUGUUCUUUUGUCUGUUAAACUUGUGUUACGUUUGCUUUGUAGGCCUCGUUUUGUUUUUUUCUUUCUUGGUUAAUUGAAUUAUAUUCUGGAUUAUCUGGCAGAAACACUUUCACCUGUGCUUGAAGGGAAUAAAAUAGCGACCAUGUUGGCUGGUUUACUGUGAUAUCAAUAUUCUGUGCAAAAGUCUUGGGCGGUCUUAUUUUUCUUUGUUUUGCUUCCGAGGAGCCAGACUUUCUUAUACAUUUAAAUGGUUUUUAUUGUAGUUAUUGGAGCGGUAUAAUUUGGUAUAAUUUAUUUUUCUGUCUAAUCACUGUGCAACUGUAAAAUGGCAUCUAAACCCAGUCGAUAAAUUCUGUCUGCACGCUAAAGGGCAAAAUUACAGCUUACUUCAAAUUAAAUCAUGAUAUUUAAAUUAAAAUUUGUCCCGAAAACUGGAUUUUGUUCCAAAUUAUUAAGUUCAAACUUCUAAAGUAACCAAUUUAAUCCUUAGCUGGGUGGAAAAUGGUGUUUUUGUACCAAGAGGGUCAUUCCCAAAGACUGUUUCUGAAAAUGUUUCUUGUUUUUGUUUUUUUCUCUCAGAUAAUUUUAUAACAGUAUGUUUUUUUAGCCUUGGCUUCGGUCCUGCUCAUGUUACGUUUUAGUUUGAUCUCAAGGUGGCACUGUACAGCAUUUUGACAUACACCAUUUAAGAUCAAAACCAUUUAUAAUACAAGUCUGACUGAUUGGAACCAAGGUCUGAGGAAGUGAGGUGUUGCUGCAGGAUUUGAACAGAAAUUUGUGUUUGGCUGAAACUGAUCAGGUAUAGACUUUGCUGUUUGUUUUCAAAUUCUAAUAAAGAUGAACUAAAAAGUU